AUGAAGAUGCGUUGGCCCUUUGACCGGUUCGACGGCGCAGUGUGCAAGGCGAGCUUGAAGAUGGCGAUCAGCCGGGCCCGCAUGCGCACCAACAGAUUGCAAAAUUCCAUUCGACUUCAACGCAAGGAAAUCGCUGGUUUCCUUCGAGAGGGAAGGGAAGAGGCGGCGAGGCUGAAAGGGGAACACCUGCUCCGCGAAUACAAAUUAGAGAGGGCUAUGGAGAUCCUUGUGACUGUCUGUGAACUCCUCAUUUCAAGACUCAGCUACCUAGCCACGGAGCGUUCGUGUCCUCCCGACCUACUUUCUCCUAUCCACACCCUUCUCUACUGCGAACCGCGUUUAAACAUCGACGAGCUUGGGACAGUCCGGAAGCAAUUUGCAAUGAAGUACGGAGACGUUUUCGUAGAAAGCGCUGUGAAGAACGCAAAACAAGAGGUGCAUUUUAAGCUCGUGCAUGCGCUUUCUCUCGCCCCUCCCCCGGAAUUCGACAUUCAACAACUCCUCUACGGGAUCGCAGAGGAGUAUUGUAUAUCGGACUGGAAACCGAGCAUACCCUUGGUCCGCCGCCUUGCGAGGCCAAUCAGGCCUGCAACUUCAUUCCGCGGGUAA